AUGUCUGAGGUACAGACUCGGCCUGCCGCCUCGCGCGGCAGAGGUUCUGGACGCGGUGGCAGAGGUGGCUUCGCAAGCCGGGGCGGUCGCACGUCCGGCAGACCCAAUGGCGACAAGUUCGACUCUAAGAACGAUGUCGACGACGCGACUGCGUUUGAGGACCAAGGCGAGCUCGGCGAGCUGAAGAAGCAGUACGGAUCCAAGGCGCCCCUCAUCAAGGAGCUCUUCCCCGAUUGGUCUGAGCAGGAUAUUCUCUACGCUCUUCAAGAGACGGAUGGUGACGAGAACCUUGCCGUCACUCGUAUUGCUGAAGGCACCAUCUCUCAAUGGGGCGAGGUGACAAAGAAGGCUCCCCGCUCCAAGGCCAAGGACUCCACGACUGCAGCCUCGAACAUCGACUCAUCCAGCGCUAGACCCACCCGCGGCGGACGCAACAAACACCGAGAGAGGAGGCCGCGGUGGUCGGGGCAGGCCCUCAAACACAGCAGCCCCAACGGCACCCGGCAUACCAAGGAGUCCGCUCAGCCGCUCUCCGUUCCCACCGAGGAGUCAAACGCAUGGGAUACCCCCAAGACGGACCCUAAGGACGCGCCCGCCGAGGACCCCUGGGCCCCCAAGGAGACCACCGAGAAGACUGCAGCUCCCGCCCCCGCUCCCGCCGCGACUGAUGCCCCCAAGCCCGCCGCUCCCGCUGCGAAGACGUGGGCUAGCAUGCUCCCCCGCCCCGAAGCCCCCAAGCAGGAGCCCGCACCCAAGCCCGCCGAACCCAUCGAACCUUUGCCUCCUGCCGCCCCCGCCGCCGAACCUACACCCGAACCUGAGACCGAACCGGAGGCGCAGCCCGAGCCCGCCGCCGAACUUCCAGCCGAGCCAGCUCAUGAAGAACCAGCCCCUGCAGAAGUACCAGCCGUCAUCGAACCCGAAGUUGUUUUGCCGCCUUCCAAGGACCAACUUACUGAGACGAAUCUUGAACAGGUAGUCGACGAAUCGCAUCCUCCCGCGACUGCUACUGUGGCAAGCACUGCCGCCGAUUCCUGGGACCCUCGUCUCAACGCCGCCAGCGCUACCGCGACCCCCCUCUCGGCUUCGCAACAGCAACACCAGCCCAUCCGUCCUGCUGUUCCUACCACUACCAGCGGAUUCGCAGCUUCCGCCAUCAAGGCCACCACCGAGCGAGGAUCCCGCACCCCGAGCUACCAACGCCGCGUACUUGACCAAGAGGAGGCCGUUCGCAUGCCUGGCAACCGCGAGGUUGACCGCGCCGCUGUUCAGUUUGGCGCUUUUAGCCUGAACGAGGACGAUGACAUUGAUGGUGACCGCGAGGAGCCUGAGACCAGAACUCAGCCUCCUGCUGAUUCUCCCCCCUACUCCCGCUUUGGACAGACCGGUCCCCAGGAGCCGUCGUCGUUCCCCCAGAAGUCGAUCGAUCCUUUUACCCAACCGAACCAGCCACCCUCGGCUUCGCAAACCCAGUUCGACAGCUUCCCCAACCAGCCGUCGCAACAGAACCAGCAGCCCGGCGGUGCUUUCAGCUCUGCGCCCAGCGAAUACUCUUCCUACUACACGGCCGACCAACAGAACCGCCCUCCUUACAACUACUACAACCAGCCCUACGGUCAGCAGGGCGCCCAGGCCCACCAGGACAGCCUGUCUUCCCAGCAGAGAUCUUUCGGCGGCUACAAUGCUUCGCAGGCUGAUAACCUCAGCCAGUACCCUCAGAGCGGCGGUAUCCAGAACCCGUCUCGUUACGGAGGCGUUACGAAUGACGCCCAGAACAGCGGACACACCACCCCGAACCCCACUGCACAAAGCCAGCAGGCCGCCAGCCAGGCCUCGCAGCCUCAGUCUCACGGCCAGCAGAGCUACCCUUACAACAGCCACCCUUACUACAACAACGCCUACUACUCAAACUACAUGAAUUACGGCCACUACGGCCAGGGAGGAUAUGGUGGCGGUCCCUACGGCAAGGGAGGCGUCUACGGUCACCCCUACGGAAUGUCGCCUCAGGGUCCCUACGACCACACCUCGUCUCCUGCUGCUGGCUUCGCUCAGUCGUCCCUGCACCGUGCUGACAGUGGUCUGAGCUCUGGCCUUGGAGGUGACUUUGGCCGCGCUGGUUCCGCACAGUCUGGCAACCAGCCUGGUCUCACCGGCAGCGGCUUCGGUGGUGUUCAGGACACCUUCGGCCGCGGCUCUUCCUCGUUCCAGAGCCCCGCCGGACAGGGAUUCAACAGCACUGCGCAGCCCAACACCGCCACUUCCGCCAACGACGACUUGAAGCCUUUCGGCGACAGCAAGCCCGGCGCAGGACCAUCGCCUUCCCUCGGCGGCGCCCGCCCUGGCUCGGCCACGAACACGGCCUCUGGCCAGACGGGUCUGCCCCCGCCUCAGUCCGCUUCUCAGAUGGGCGGCUACGGCGGCUACCCCAGUCACCUCCAGGGACACGGUCUCCACGGAAGCAGUGGCUACGGCAUGGGAGGUGCUACCAGCGGCCAGCACGGUAGCGCCCCGUUCGGCUCUUACGGCCAGCAACAGGGCGGCUACGGCAGCGGAUACUACGGCAGCGGCAACCAGCAGCAGCGCGGCGGUUGGGCGGAAACUACCACUAGGAAGGUAGUGGUCGACGGCCAUCUCACUCGCGUCACUACGACAUGA